AUGUCUCAAAUUCCGCUUAAGCCUUAUGCUUCUAAGAUCCCUUCACAAAAUGCUAUCCUUUGUCUCCCCGACAUGACUGCAGAGGAUUUUAACGAAAAAUACUCCACUACACCAUUCAUACUUACCCGUCCAGUCAAGGACUGGGCAGGAUACAAGGAGUGGACUAUUGCAUCUUUAGUGGACAGGUACCGUGACGUCCGCUUUCGUGCCGAAAGUGUAGAUUGGCGACUCAGUGAUUACUACGAUUAUAUGAGAGACCAAACGGACGAAAGCCCGCUGUAUCUUUUUGAUCGGGCAUUUGUAGAGAAGACAGAUGGAGAGCUAGGACGUGGUUUCACAGUGCCUGAAUGCUUUGGAAAAGAUUAUUUCGAGGUUCUUGGAGAUGAGAGGCCUGAUAGACGGUGGAUGAUCCUGGGACCUGAGCGAAGCGGCAGUACAUUUCAUAAAGACCCAAAUGCGACCUCGGCCUGGAAUGCCGUUAUUGAGGGAGAGAAGUACUGGAUAAUGUUCCCACCAGGGUCUCCUCCACCCGGAGUCUAUGAAUCUGAAGACCAUAGCGAAGUUACAUCGCCCUUGAGUAUCGCAGAGUGGCUUGUAGGCUUUCACCGAGAGGCAAGGAGAACAAAAGGGUGUCGAGAAGGUAUUUGUAAAGCUGGCGAGAUACUAUACGUCCCAUCAGGAUGGUGGCAUCUUGUGGUUAACCUUUCACCAUCGCUUGCAUUGACCCAGAACUUCAUACCUCCAACCCAGCUUUCGGCCGCGAUAGAGUUUCUACGGGAUCAACCGGGGUCAGUAUCUGGGUUCAGUACGAAAAGAGUGAGGGAUCCAUAUGGAUUAUUCAUAAAAAGGAUGGAGGAGCAAUAUCCAGUGGAGCUCCAGGCGGCUUUGGAAAAGCUGGAGAAGAAGAAAAAGACAAAGUGGGACACGCUUACUAAUACAAAUGGGCAAGGCUUUAGCUUUGGUUUUGGCUGUGAGGAUAGUGAUGAUGAAGAAUGA